AUGACUGAUACAUUUAUUGGUAUUGAUCUUGGUACAACAUAUUGCAGUGCAGCAGCUUAUAAGGAUGGUAAAGUCGAAAUCAUCGAAUUCAAUGGUAAAAACGCUUUUCCUUCAUAUGUUUUUUAUGCUCAUCCAAAUCAAUAUGGUUUCACUGCACGCGAGAAUCUCAAAAAUCCAGAAUACAGGAAAAGUGUUGUUUAUGAUAGCAAACGCAUGCUCGGAAAAACAUACAAAGAUUUAGAAAACGAAAUUCCAACAUGGACGUUCGAUGUUAAAUCAGAUUCUAAUGGUAAUCCUAUCAUCCCUAUUGACAACGGCAAGAUGCUUAUCAAGGUCAAGCCAUGUGAAGUAUCUGCUUCGAUUCUAAAUUACAUUCGAGAGACACUUCUCAAGAAAAAUUAUCCUCUUGAUCAUGUUGUUGUCACCGUUCCUGCUCAUUUCACGCAGAAGCAGCUCGAUGAAGUUCGGAAUGCAGUUAGAAUUGCACAAUUUCCAAACCCAGAGAAAAUAUUCCUUUUCAAAGAACCUUCUGCAGCCGCACUUUGCUUCACUAACUCAAUCUCCCUUGAUAAAGAAAGAACUGUUCUUGUCUACGACUUUGGUGGUGGAACAUUCGAUCUUUCUCUUGUCAAAAUCUCACCAGAUCAAAUCGAAGUCAUUGACCAAGAUGGUGACGCUCAUUUAGGUGGUCGCGACAUAGAUAAUGGAAUCUUCCAAAAAGCAAUCGAAUACAUCAAAAAGCAGUAUCCAAAGAUUGAUAUCGAGAGCAUCAAAGGAGGUCUUGUCGAAGAAUCAGAAAGAGUUAAACAAAGCAUAGCAACAACGAAACAAUCAGCAACAAUUGCUAUCAAUCAAGGUGGUACUUUGAUCGAAUACAAGUUGAUGAGGAGUAUAUUCGAGAAUAUUGUCGAUCCUCUUGUGAAGAGAACAAUUCAGAUUGUCAAGAAUCUUAUAAACAGUCAUAAAGAAGUCAAAGUCGAAUACAUUCUGUUAGUUGGUGGUACAUCAUUGAUUUAUUAUGUUAAACAAGCUCUCGAAGAUGAAUUUUCAAGCAAUCAAAUUAAAGUUUUGAACUCAGUCGAUCCAUUGACAGCAGUUGCUGUUGGUGCUGCUCAAAAAUCAUUCUUCGAAUUUGUUCAAAGCCAAAGAAAUACACGAGGCAUUGAACCAAUUGUUCCACGGAGUUUUCCGAAGAAGAUGAUUGAAGCUGUUUCAAUAACUUAUGGUUUUAAAACAUUCCAUGGAGAUCAUCACCCAUACUUUCGUCAUAUGAUAAAGAAAGGUACCAAACUUCCAUCAGAACCAAUUUCAAAAAUUACAUGGGCUUUGCAUGAUAAUCAAUCUAGACUUUCAUACCCAAUUUUGCAAGGUGAAAGUUUGGAAGAUUCGAGAGAAAUCGGAGAGUACUCAGUUAGGGGAUUAUCAGGUUGUAAGAAGGCUGGUGAAGAGAAAGUGAAAGUAACAUUUCAAGUUGAUGAACAAAAUUGUUUGCAUAUUAAAUUCCAGAAGUUAUUUAUUGAAAAUGCAAAAGAAGAGUUGAUGGAUAUUGAUGUUAACAAAUUCCUUCCAAGUAUUGAAGUAGAAAAUGAUUUGACAAAGAUGUCAAAUGAACAAAUUGAAGAAAGUCGAGCAAGAUUAGGUGUCAAUGCACGGAAUUUAGAUGAAGAACUCGGAGAACUCGAAGGUAAAUUUACAACAUAUCGAAAUAGAGCUAGAAAGAACUCAAAUCCAAGUGCAAUUAAAUACUGUACUCAACAAUUAGAACUGAUUCAAGAAGCAUUCUACAUAGAUAAUGAAGAUGAAUCGAAGAUGCAAACCGUUGAUAAAAUCAAACGUUCUUUGCAAUCAUUCCAACAACAAUAUUCAUAUUUUUGUAACUAA